ACAAAUAUUACUUUUCUUGUCCACUGUCACUCAUUUAGCUUGGGGUUCUCCGUAAGACAAGAACCUGUGAAACGAGUGAGAGUGUGUGCAUCAUGGAUGUUCUUAUGCCCAUGCGAGGGGACGAUCCAAACCUAAUGGCUGAGCCGGCGAUCCAGAUCUUCGAGCAGCCCAAGCAGAGGGGAAUGCGCUUCAGGUACAAGUGUGAGGGUCGCUCGGCCGGAAGCAUCCCCGGCGAGAAGAGCUCUGACAACAACAGGACCUACCCCAGUCUGCAGAUCCUGAAUUACUGCGGUAAAGGGAAAGUGCGUGUUUUCUUGGUGACGAAGAACGAGCCGUACCGACCGCAUCCGCACGACCUGGUGGGGAAGGACUGCAAAGACGGAUUCUACGAGGCUGAGUUUGGUCCAGACCGCAGAGUGAUUGCUUUCCAGAAUCUGGGUAUCCAGUGUGUGAGAAGGAGGGAAGUGAAAGAUGCGAUCGUACAGAGGAUGACCAGAGGGAUCAACCCCUUCAAUGUGCCCCGCGAGCAGCUGCUGCAGACAGAGGAGUAUGACCUGAACGUGGUUCGCCUGUGUAUCCAGGUUUACCUGCAGGACGAUAACGGCCACUGCACCCGACCGCUUAACCCCAUCGUCACCAACCCCAUCUACGACAACAGGGCCCCAAACACAGCAGAGCUGAGGAUCUGUCGAGUCAACAGGAACAGUGGCAGUGUCAAGGGAGGGGAUGAGAUCUUCUUACUGUGUGACAAAGUACAGAAAGAUGACAUUGAGGUGCGAUUCUUCUCCUCCGACGGCUGGGAGGCCAAAGGCUCCUUCUCCCAGGCCGAUGUUCAUCGCCAAGUAGCCAUUGUCUUUAAGACGCCGCCCUACUAUAACACCUCCAUAACAGAGUCGGUCACUGUGCAAAUGCAGUUACGCCGACCUUCCGAUCAGGAAGUCAGUGAACCGAUGGAUUUCAGAUAUCUGCCCGACGACAAAGAUCCUUACGGCUACAACGCGAAAAAGCGCAGUCGAGAGCACUUGAUGAGGAUAUCAGGUUUGUCAGGUGGUCAUUUUGCUGGUCUGGCUAUGAACAGGCCAAAGGCGGUGCCACAGACUACCAUGAGUCACAUGCGGAAAGACCUCAACAACAUUUACCUGAGGCAACAGCCCACACCUUCGAUGCAACUAGCCUCUCUCUCUGUAUUCAACCAGCCCUACCAACAAAGUGCUCAGAAUGUAAUGAUGACAUCACAGGCUCCUAAUGUGCCAGUCAGCCAUUCAUGGGUAAAUCCCAACCCAACACUCUCAAUGGAUACAGUCACCAUAAACCAGUCUGGUGCCAUGAGCAAUCUUCCACCUCCUAAUAGCAGCAGGCAACAGCAGCCAAACCGUGGACCUGGUUACAUCCACAGAGUGGACCACAGCAACUUUGAGAAUAACACCCUCCCUCAGCUCUCCAUGAGGGACUUGCAAUGCUUGGAUACAGUCCCCCAGGCCCCUAUAAUGGGCCAGUUGGAGACCCAGUCGGUCUUCCACCUGCAGCACCAAAGGGAGGAGCUUGCGUCUGAGUCCAGGGCCCAGAACCAUCUAGGCAACCAGAACCAGGGACUCCAGACCGUGUGGUCCAAUUUCAAUAACCUCAAUCCAGUCCAGAACACCUUUAACGGGUCAGUACCUGGAGGUGGAGGUGGGUCGCAUACUUUCUCCUUCCUAGGGGGACUAGAAGGGGAUGAUUUUCUGAAGGGCCUGGUGGGAGGAGGGCCUCAGACUGGCUUCCAGCUGAAGCAGGAGCCCCAGCUCACAGAUGGACAAGAAACCCUUGCUCCUCUCAUGCAAUCCCCAAGGGAAAGCCAAGAAAAUACUUACACCAACUUGCUUCCUCGUUCUAUGAACAAUGGCACCAACAUGGAUCCAAUGAGGCAUGACGGUAGUGGAAACACCCAGCCUCUUAAAAAUCUGCAAAAUCCGUACUCAAGCAACGGCAUGGCCUCCGAAGGCCACUAUUCAACUUUGGCUGACUGGAUCAAAGCAUCUCGCCAAAGCGACUAUAAGGAGUGACAUUGUUGGUAUAAAUAAAUAAACAGAAGCAGCUCAGAGGAAUACAUUGGUCUGUCUAAGCCAGUAAUUCUCAGUAGGCAUUUGCUUGGGUUAUUACAUCAGUGGGCAAAUGAUCAAAAUUAUUGGUGGCCAAUUGGAAUCUAUAACCAGACAAAGGUAUUGUUUCCAGGCAAUACAACUGAUCACAGACUAUUUCCUUCUUUAGCAAAGAAAUCCCCAAGAAUGCUUCUUACACCUGAUUGGCCUACUGUUGUGCUCGGUAAGCUGUCAUUGGUCUUUGCUUCCAUUAUUAAUCUGGAAAGACACCAUUCUCCUAAAAAUGAUCAGUCAAAUUUGCUUUCUUGGUAAAUUUGAGACAAGAAAUAAACCAUGCAGUUUCAGAACCUUUCCACAUUUAUAUACAAUAAAUACAAUUGGUGCAAUUCUGUUUCAGGUUUCACCCCAACCUUUAACUGUUGGGGUGUUUCAACAGGCGUAAAGUUGAAAUGUGAUUCUAAUCACUCCCCCUAAUUCACUCAUUGGUUUCCCGCUGCUGGUGUCAUGGACCUCAGUAGAUAUUCUCCAGACUGGUCCAUAAAAGUGAGCUCACAUGAGUUCAGCUAGCUUCUGCAAGGCUAAGACCUGUACGUGGAUAAAACAUGCCUUAGGUUGUAAAGCUGACCAAUGACACGCUGAUGGUUUCCAAGCCAAAGUUAGUUAGAAUUCCGCAGAAGUGAAUGUACUACUUUUUUGUUUGUCUUUCUCAGGUGAAGUUGGAUUCACUGUGAACAUACUGUAUAGUAUUCAAUGUGUUUGUUUUUUUAGAAACAACAACAGAGGGUUAAGUGGAUGUUAGGGAUUUGAAAGUACAGCAGAAAGAAAUGGCUUAUUAUCAUGGAUUUAAGAUGUUUAUUGCUUUGUAAAGGAUUCUUACAUAUUGUACUGUUUUAUCGAUUUUUAGCAGAGUAUUUGAAUGCGCUCUGUACUUACAUGUUAGCCACAGUUGAGGGUGAAAGCAAUAACUUUGCUGAAACGCUCAAGAACUGGCAAGGUACUGAAAUUUCCAUUGAGGAAAUGGGAGGAAACACAUUCAGUGUUGUCUUUCCUUUGUAAUGACUAUGUCAUAACAGUGAUCACAUGUGUAAUCCAGAGUUCUCAGAGCAUUUCUGCUAGACAUUUUAUAGAUACAGAUGUCAAUUUUCUUUAGUUAAUUCAUUUAGUUGAGGUUCUUAGCGAUAGCUUUACAGAGCGCCUAGCUUGAGGACAAUAUGAUUAUAGCCACAUGGUUGAUUCUUGAUUGUAUGACUCAAUGAACAAACUGUCAACUCUAGCCUAACUCAUCCUAGCAUGUUGUUUUUGUACUUGUAUGUCCUCCAGAAGCUUUGUGGUUUUUAAAGAAAGUAAAUAUUUUCAUGACUACUUUUGAUUUUUUUUUACAGGAUCAGUUCUUAAUAAACAGUCUGUUUUAUUCCA